AUGGAGGGAGACGUUAUGGACAAAGUGGAGGCCACGGCCACGGUCCGUGACUUCGAUCCCAUCAUGGGGAGCAUCCCGGCAACCAAGGUGGAGAUCACCGUGUCCUGCAGGAAUCUCUUGGACCGAGACACUUUCUCCAAAUCCGACCCAUUGGUGGUGUUGUACACGCAGGGCGUCGAGUCCAAACAGUGGAGAGAGUUUGGGAGAACAGAGGUGAUCGACAACACACUAAACCCAGACUUUGUCAGGAAGUACAUCCUGGACUACUUCUUUGAGGAGAAGCAGAACCUGCGCUUUGAUGUGUAUGAUAUUGAUUCGAAAAGUCCAGAUCUUGCAAAACAUGUAAGUGAAGAAAUGUAUGACUUCCUGGGACAGGUCUAUUGUACACUGGGAGAGAUCGUGGGAUCACCUGCCAGUCGCCUGGAGAAACCUCUCGGCGGCAUACCCGGGAAGAAAUGUGGGACCAUUAUCUUGUCUGCCGAGGAGCUGGGAAACUGCAGAGAUUACGCAACAAUGCAAUUCUGUGCCAACAAACUUGAUAAAAAGGACUUCUUUGGAAAGUCGGACCCCUUCAUGGUCUUCUACAGGAGCAAUGAAGAUGGCACGUUCACCAUCUGCCACAAGACGGAAGUGGUGAAGAACACGCUGAACCCCGUGUGGCAACCCUUCUCUAUCCCUGUUAGAGCGCUCUGCAAUGGAGACUAUGACAGGACAAUCAAAGUGGAGGUGUAUGACUGGGACAGAGAUGGGAGCCACGAUUUCAUUGGUGAAUUCACCACCAGCUAUAAAGCGCUAUGUCGAGGUCAGAACCAGUUAAACGUCCAUGAGGUGGUGAAUGCCAAGAAGAAAAUAAAGAAAAAGAGAUACAUCAACUCUGGGACGGUGUCCCUGUUGUCAUUCAAUGUGGAGUCAGAGCACACCUUCCUGGAUUACAUCAAAGGAGGGACUCAGAUUCACUUCACAGUGGCCAUUGAUUUCACUGCAUCAAAUGGAAAUCCAUCACAGUCCACUUCACUGCACUACAUGAACCCGUACCAGAUGAAUGCCUAUGCCAUGGCCCUGAAGGCUGUUGGAGAGAUCAUCCAGGACUAUGACAGUGAUAAGAUGUUCCCUGCCCUGGGAUUCGGUGCUAAGCUGCCCCCUGAUGGGAGGGUCUCCCAUGAGUUCCCUCUGAACGGCAAUGUUGAGGACCCAUACUGCAACGGCAUGGAGGGGAUUCUCGAAGCUUACCAUCAAAGCCUUAAGACGGUUCAGCUGUAUGGACCAACCAACUUUUCUCCUGUUGUUAAUCAUGUGGCCAGUUAUGCAGCAGCAGUGCAGGACGGAUCUCAGUACUUUGUUUUGCUCAUCAUUACUGACGGCGUCAUAUCAGACAUGGCUCAGACCAAGGAGGCCAUAGUGAAUGCAGCUAAACUCCCCAUGUCUAUCAUCAUUGUUGGAGUUGGCCAAGCUGAGUUUGAUGCCAUGGUUGAGCUGGAUGGUGAUGACAUCAGGAUUUCCUCCCGGGGAAAGUUGGCAGAGAGAGACAUUGUUCAGUUUGUCCCGUUCAGAGACUACAUGGACCGCACAGGCAACCACGUGCUGAGCAUGGCGCGGCUGGCUAAAGACGUGCUGGCCGAGAUCCCUGACCAGCUCAUCUCCUCCAUGAAGAACAGAGGCAUCAAACCGAACGCCGUCCCACCGGCUUUCUCGCCCGGAGACCAACUGCAGACCAAUCUUGUUUGAGCACCCAAAACAGCUCUGAGUUGAGUCAGGGUCGACGGGAACCGGCCUUCACAAACGUCCUUUGGGAAAAUGCGCUUUUAAGGCCCCUUUCAUAAAUAUUAAUUUGGCUGAACAAAAAGAUGGUGAAACUCCAUAUUGUUUUGGAGAAAUACGACAGCUUUUGGUGAACCUGCUGAUGAUCGGGACGUUUUUUAUUUCUGAGUGCUUGAGGAUGAGGCGCUGAGAGGAGUGUUGAAGAAGGAGGUUUUAGUUGUUCACUGUCAAAACCUGUCAAAGUGUUGAUGUAAUGGAUAGCAAGUAAACUCAUAGAGAGAGCCUGUUCGAAGGCCUACAUAUAUUAGAACGUGCCAGUGUGUAUCAUGUUUGUGAUACCUUUUGGAAUAGGUGUUGAGCUAGGAAAUCAUAGAUAUACUCAUUUAUUUAUUUAUUUAUUGCAGAAAUCAUUAAUUCGUUAGAGAGGGUUUUACAGAUGGGGGAUUAAAGUCCUAUUUUUCCUGUAGUUUUACAUCUUAUAUUUUAUGACCAGUGUAUUUAAAGAAAUCCCCAUUUUAACUUUAUUAAGGACUGUAAUAUAAUCGCAUGUGAUAAAAGCUAUUCAACAGUUCUGAAUAAUUUUCACUGAUAGAUAAUUUCAUUGCCAGCGGUCCUGUAAAGGACCUGCUGCGAGCUGUUGCCAUACUGAUUUUCCAGCACCAUGUCUUUUACCUAUUUCUAGUCUUUAUAUUAACAGAAUGCACCAAUUUCUGUUCUAACAACAAGCACAAAGAUUAUAUUAUUAUAUUAUUUUAUAAUAAGCUCAAAAAUAAUUAUUUUGAAGGAAUCUACCGCUACCACUGAAAAUAAUAGAAAGGACCCCUUGUUGUGUGAAUCUGGAGUAAUGUUAUUAACGAAAUGACUAUACUGUUAUA